AUGAUGUUCAGACAGGGCCAGUAUGUCCCACCUCCAGGAGCCAGCAGCAUUUUGGGACUUGAAGCAUCAGGGCAUGUGGCAGAGCUGGGACCUGGCUGCCAAGGUCACUGGAAGAAGGAAUUCAGCAUGGCUCUGCUGUCUGGUGGUGGCCGGGCUCAUGUCAGCAUACCUGAAGAGUUCCUCAUGCCCAUUCCUGAGGGACUGACCUUGUCCCAGGCUGCAGCUAUCCCACAGACCUGGCUUACUGCCUUCCAGCUGUUACAUUUCUUGGAUGAGGAAAGUGUGCUAAUCUACGCAGGCUCAAGCGGUGUGGGCACAGCUGCCAUCCAACUGGCUCGGAUGGCUGGCGCUAUUCCAUUGCUCACGGCUGGCUCCCAGCACAAGCUUCAAGUGGCAGAAAAGCUUGGGGCAGCUGCUGGAUUCAAUUACAAAGAAGAGGAUUUUUCUGAAGCAACACUGAAAUUCACUAAAGGUGCUGGAGUGAACCUUAUUCGCUGCAUAGGUGGAUCCUAUUGGGAAAAGAAUGUGAACUGCCUGGUCCCUGAUGGUAGCUGGGUUCUCUGUGGUCUGAUAGAAGGAGCUGAUGUCAGUGGGCCGUUUUCAAAGCUACUUUUUAAACGAGGAAAUCUGAUCACUACUCUUCUGCGAUCUAGGGACAAAAAAGUGAUACAAACGCUAGUGAAAGCUUUCAUAGAGCACUACCCUACUUCUCCAAGGACCGAUCCCCAACGCUUGGUGCCGAUUCUGGAUAGGGUUUACCCGGUGACCGAAAUCCAAGAGGCCCACAAGUACAUGGAGGCUAACAGGAUCGUCUUAGAGGAGGUGGUGGCACGCAUAGGACCUAGAGAAAACUUGGAUUGGAUUCAAUUCCAGGGACGCCUUGUCAGUUGGACCCGCCCCUCCGGCCAAGUCCGUUCGACCGGGGCCCGCAGCCGGAACACAUCCGGGUUUGAAGCCUGCAUCCCGCCCUCUCCUGCCCGGAACACGGAAGCGCCUCGUCCUUCCGCCUUCCGGCCGGACACCAAACUCCAGCUAGUUUUGGCCCGGAUGUUUGUGGAAAGUAAGGCUCGGCGUCCCCACGUCCUGGUUUAA